AUGGGAACCCAACGGUAUCUGGGCCUUCAAGGCCACAAGCUCCAGCUGGCUAUCGGUAUCAUUGCCGGUAUGGACUUUCUACUGUUUGGCUACGAUCAAGGUGUCACUGGUGGUCUUCUAACAUUGGAGUCAUUCAUCAAAUACUUCCCAACGAUCGCCCUUAACGGACCUUAUUUUGAAAGCCUGAGCCCGUCUGAAAGAAGUGCACAGUCUACGCGCCAAGGUAUCGUUGUUGCUGCCUAUAACUUGGGAUGUUUCGCCGGUUCGAUUCCCACAAUCUGGGUGGGUAAUUGGCUGGGUCGCCGCAAGACAAUCUUCCUCGGUUCCUUGAUCAUGGUGGUUGGAGCGAUCUUGCAGUGUACAUCCUACCAUCUCCCGCAGUUGAUCGUCGGUCGUUUGGUUACCGGGUUCGGCAACGGUAUGAACACCUCGACAGUGCCUACAUGGCAAUCGGAAUGCUGCAAAUCCAACCGCCGCGGUCAGAUGGUCAUGAUCGAGGGUGCCAUGAUCACUUGCGGCAUUACCAUCAGUUACUGGAUCGAUUUUGGUUUGCUUUUUGCGGACCCCAACGAAGUGGCCUGGCGUUUCCCCUUGGCCUUCCAGAUCUUCUUUGCAGCGAUUAUCCUGGCUUUCGUCAUGUGGCUUCCCGAAUCCCCCCGCUGGCUUGUUCUCAAGGGCCGCGAGGAUGAAGCAAAGCAGACUCUGACUGCUUUGCUGGGUAGCGACGCCGAUGAAACUUUUGUCGAGACCGAGUUUACCGCCAUCAAGGCUACCGUCCUGGAGAUGAGCAAGGGUUCGUUCCGCGACAUGUUCACCAUGACUGAAGAUCGCCACUUCCACCGGACCGUGCUCGCCUACGUCAACCAGAUGUUCCAGCAGAUUUCCGGAAUCAACCUGAUCACCUAUUACAUUCCCGUUGUGCUGGAGCAGCAGCUGGGUAUGGACAUGAUCAAGUCCCGGCUGGUGGCCGCUUGCAACGGAACUGAAUACUUCAUUGCUUCCUGGAUUGCCGUGUUCACCAUUGAGCAGUUUGGUCGCCGUUCCCUGAUGUUGUUUGGUGCCGCCGGUAUGUCGAUCUCCAUGGUGAUCCUGGCCGUCACUGCCAGUCUCGGCACCGACGCAUCCAAAGUCGCCUGUGCCGUCUUCCUCUUCGUGUUCAACACCUUCUUCGCCAUUGGUUGGUUGGGUAUGACCUGGCUGUACCCUGCCGAGAUUGUGCCUCUGAAGAUUCGCGCCCCGGCCAAUGCCUUGGCUACGUCCUCGAACUGGAUUUUCAACUUUAUGGUCGUCAUGAUUACCCCGGUGGCAUUCGAGAACAUCAAAUGGCGGACCUACAUUAUUUUUGCCGUCAUCAACGCGGCCAUCUUUCCCGUUGUCUACUUCUUCUACCCUGAGACUACCAGACGGUCUCUGGAGGAGAUGGACCGUAUUUUCCGAAAGACCAAGAGCAUCUUCUCUGUGGUUCAAGUUGCUAGGGAUGAGCCACACAUGUAUGGCAAGAAGGGCGAACUUUUGCUCACUCUGGAUGAUGUGGAGGACGACGCGGUGCGCCGUGCAAGCGUGUUGAGCCACGCUCACAAGGAAACUGGAAGCAACAGCGACGAGAACACGAGCUCCGAAAGAGUGGAGCACACGGAAAAGGCCUAG